UCCCUUCCUUCUAUCAUGUCUUCGCCCUACCAUCGUCCCUCUUCUGCCUCUCUCUCUGCGGAUCAGUUUUUUUUCCUCUUCUCUCCUCUCAUCUCAGUUCUCGCUCACCGUCGAUUCCGCUGGUUUUUUCCGGAUCUGACCCGUAUCCCGUGUCGGAUCGUGUCGGCACAGGUACUGCACCCCAAAUUGCCGAGUCCGGGUAACGAAGUUUAUAAGUAUGUUCAUCUCAGGUGAAGAUGAUAAGAAUGAAAUAGGUACUGAAAAUACUGCAUUUGUGCAUGGGAAACCACCUCAAGAUGCUGCUGGACCUCCGAAAGUUGAAUCUGAUAUGGAAAUUGUUGAGGAGAAUGAAAUAGUUACUGAAAAUACUGCAUUUGUGCAUGGGGAACCACCUCAAGAUGCUGCUGGACCUCCGAAAGUUGAAUCUGAUAUGGAAAUUCUUCAUGAAGAAGUAAAAAAGCAAAUCAUUAAGGAAGGCCAUGGUCAAAAGCCAUCAAAGUAUUCAACAUGCUUCUUGCACUACAGGGCAUGGACUGAAACUACCAAGCAUAAAUUUGAUGACACAUGGCAUGAACAACAACCACUUGAAUUGGUCUUAGGCAAAGAGAAAAAGGAAAUGACUGGUUUGGCUAUAGGUGUGUCAAGUAUGAAAUCAGGGGAACGUGCAUUGUUACAUGUGGGCUGGGAAUUAGGUUAUGGGAAAGAAGGAAGCUUUUCUUUCCCAAACGUUCCACCAAUGGCAGACAUAUUAUAUGAGGUUGAGCUUAUUGGAUUUGAUGAAACCAAAGAAGGAAAGGCUCGUGCUGACAUGACUGUAGAGGAAAGAAUUGGUGCAGCAGAUAGAAGAAAGAUGGACGGGAAUUCUUUAUUCAAGGAGGAUAAGCUAGAGGAGGCCAUGCAACAGUAUGAAAUGGCCAUAGCGUACAUGGGUGAUGACUUUAUGUUCCAGUUAUUUGGGAAGUAUCGAGACAUGGCUUUAGCUGUCAAAAAUCCAUGUCAUCUUAACAUGGCUGCUUGUUUGAUAAAGCUCAAGCGCUAUGAAGAAGCCGUUGGACACUGUUCCAUUGUAUUAUCAGAAGAUGAAAAUAAUGUGAAAGCCAUGUUCAGACGUGGAAAGGCCCGAGCCGAACUCGGGCAAACGGAUGCUGCGCGGGAAGACUUUCUAAAGGCUCGCAAAUAUGCACCUGAAGACAAAGCGAUUGCAAGGGAGUUGCGUAUGCUUGCAGAACAAGACAAAGCUAUAUACCAGAAGCAAAAAGAGAUUUAUAAAGGAAUUUUUGGACCAAGACCUGAACCUAAAUCCAAGAGAGGUAAUUGGAUAAUCCGAUUAUGGCACUGGCUUCUGUCACUAUUCUAUUACAUGUUUAGGCGUGAAAGAGUGAAAGCUGAUUAGUUUAAGCUCCGAAAGAUUUUCCCAAAAAAACAAUUUAAUCAAAGCUUUAAAUCAUUUUGUGGAAAAGUUGUGGGAUACAUCACCAAACUUAAAUGUGUAAUACUAAACAUAUUAUCAUGUGUAAUGGGAUAUUUUGCAUAUUACUUGCUAAAAAUUCAGUUAAUGGAAUAAUGAUUGUUAUUUGUGUUAA